AUGCCGGGGCAGUUUCCAGAAUUGAGAGUGGGGCUGGGACAGACUGGUGUCAACUGCAUGUUGGAUACUGACAUUAAAGUGUCCACUGUCACUGAACAUUUCUUGAAUAAACACCUCGCUCAAGAAAGAGAACUGGUAGAUGUUCCAAAUUUUUUCGGCAAAGAUGAAGAUGAUAAUGGGUACUAUGAUAUAAUAAAACACCAUAUCAUCACCAUUGAUGAUAAGCCAGUCAAUGCGCCCUAUAGAAGAGUUGAACCACAGCAAUGGGUCGAGAAUGAAAGGUUAGUGGAUUCAGAUGGUAAUUUCGAGUAUGAUAUAAAACUAACACCGGCACAGCUUGCCAUGAUAGAAGAAGAUAUAACAGCCCAGAGCAGUGGCGUAGAAGCUAGAAAGGCUCAUGGUCAUAUUGCGGCACGUUGGCCAGGUGGCGUUAUUCCCUAUGAUAUUUCGUCUUCAAGCCAAGAUGACAUUACUGAAAUACAAAAUGCUCUUUCCUACUGGGAGAGACUCACGUGCCUUCAGUUCCCGCAAUAUGACCCAGCAAACCCAGAACACACAGCGAGAAUACAGUUUAUAAAAGGAGUCGGAUGCUGGUCUAUGGUUGGACGUAUUGGUAACGAAGCUCAAAAUAUUUCGAUAGGAACCGGUUGUGCAAGUAAAGGAAUUAUUGUACAUGAAGUUGGCCAUGCAAUAGGAUUAUGGCAUGAGCAAAACCGUCCGGAUAGAGAUAAUUAUGUUAUAAUAAACGAGGAAAAUAUUAUACCUGAUGCAAUCCUCAACUUCCACAAAUUUGGGACCACGACAGCUGAAACAUACAACGUGCCAUACGACGAAUUCAGUGUCAAUGGUCUGAACACAAUAGAUGCAAUUAACGCGGAUGAUCAAUCAAAAAUGGGUAACCGUGAUUACCUUACCGAAGCUGAUAUUGAGAUAGUUAAUAUCAUGUACAGUUGUCCAUAUGACCAAUAUUGCUAUUCCGGUUGUCCUUGGUCUGAUGAUGGUGAAUGCGACGACGGUGGAGUUAUGUCCGUGUACAAUGUAUGUAGCUAUGGCUCAGACUGUUCAGAUUGUGGAAUUAGACCUCAUCCACUAUGCAAUAACGCUUGCAAAUGGAAUGCCGAUGGUAUGUGUGACGACGGGGGCCCUAACUCUAUCGUCAAUGUAUGUGAUUAUGGUAGCGACUGCAAAGACUGUGGAGUUAGAUCUGAUGCAAUCUGUGACACAUAUUGUUACUACAAUAAUGAUGGCGAAUGUGAUGAUGGUGGUCCAAAUUCAGAUUGGAUGGAUUGUCCCCUUGGAUCUGACUGUAUAGAUUGUGGAGUUAGAGUUGGGGCGACAAAACGAUCUCUGAAGAAAGAAGUGCCACCGAAAAAGACGAGUGAUGGGAAAAAGAAAAAAGCUACUUCUUCAGAGAACUGA